AUGGGCAAGCUACUUUCACUAGGAGCGCGACUGCGCUACCCGAUUACCAUUACAAAACUCCUCAAGCGCCCCGGCGACACUGUUCAAAAACAGGAGAGCGUGCUGGAAUACUCUUUCAAAUGGAUGCGCGAGGUCGGCGACCCCAUCGCCGGCAACACUUGGCAAGAGGAGGAAACCACAGUCGUCGGCUGGGAUAGUCCGGCCGAAGGCACACUCAAGGAAUGGCGUCUCAAGGAAGGCAUGACAUUCACGCGCGACGCGCCGUGUAUGAUGGUCGAGGAGGCCUGCUCUCACGAGAUCCAGUUCCAAGGCUUGUGCGCAAUCUGCGGCAAGGAUAUGACCGAGGUGAACUGGGCCACUGCCGAACGCGAUACUCAGCGCGCCACCAUCAACAUGACACACGACCAGACCGGCCUCAUGGUCAGUGGCGACCUGGCUGCGCGUGCCGAGUCCGAUACCCAGAAGCGUCUGCUACGACAACGGAAGCUGAGUCUCGUUGUUGAUCUCGACCAGACCAUCAUCCACGCCUGUAUCGAGCCGACUGUUGGCGAGUGGAUGGAGGACCCGUCAAAUCCCAAUUACCACGCUGUCAAGGAUGUCAAGAAAUUCCAGCUUAACGAUGAAGGCCCCCGGGGGAUGGUCACAUCUGGCUGCUGGUACUACAUCAAGAUGCGGCCCGGUCUUGCCGAGUUCCUCGAGAAGGUUGCUGAGCUUUACGAGUUGCACGUUUACACAAUGGGAACGCGCGCAUACGCUCUCAACAUUGCCAAGAUUGUCGACCCUCAGCAGAAACUCUUUGGCAACCGCGUCAUCAGCCGUGACGAGAACGGAAGCAUGAUCUCAAAGAGUCUGCAGCGGUUAUUCCCGGUGAACACGAAUAUGGUGGUUAUUAUCGACGACAGAGCAGAUGUGUGGCCAAGCAAUCGCCCCAAUUUGAUCAAGGUUGUGCCAUACGAUUUCUUCAAGGGCAUCGGCGACAUCAACUCGAGUUUCCUCCCGAAGAGACAGGACAUCCUGCCCGCGCCACCCGCACCCGAAGCGAAGCCAACACCGGCAGCCCCAACAAGCGAAGCCCCAACAAGCGAAGCGCCAACGAGCGAGGCGUCAACAGCCGACCAACCAAAUGGCAAGGUGUCUGCCAUUGACGAGCUGGUAAAGAUGAGCAGCGGCGACGACAAGGUCCUGCAGGAAACACAAAGCGGAGAGCAAGAAAAGUUGUUGGAGCAGCAGAUCAAGGAAAGGCCGCUUCUCCACAUGCAAGAGGCACUCGACAAAGAAGAUGAAGAAAACGAAAAGGUCACACAGGAGGCCGAGAAUGGCGCACAUAUCAUGACAGUGCAACAUCGAUCGCAAGUCCUCCGCGACGACGAUGCUGAGCUGCAUUACUUACAACAACACCUCACUCAACUACACCACAAAUUCUAUACCGAAUACGACGAGAAGCGCGCUGCUGCCCCUACACAGUUAGCCCCGCGGAAGAAAGCGGGCGACGACGGUAUCGACCUCGACGCCGUUCCAGACGUCGGCGAAGUCCUCGAUACGAUGAAGGCCGCGACUCUCGAAGGCACUACAAUUGUCCUGUCUGGCCUCGUUCCCCUCGGCGUCGACGUGCUGCAGUCCGAGAUUGGCAUCCAAGCCAUGAGCUUCGGUGCGCAGAUUUCGACGAGGGUGUCUAAGCAGGUCACUCAUCUCGUUAUUUCGACGUCUCGCCCGCGUACCCAGAAGGUCAGGCAGGCAGCCAAGAUUCCGAGUAUCAAGAUUGUUAGCCAAAAUUGGCUGUCUGAUUCCCUCAGCCAGUGGCAGCGUGUCGACGAAGCACCCUACCUGGUCGAGGUUCACCCGGCAGAUCGGCGUCAGCUAGCCUUGUCCGAGUCUACGGAGGCAGACACAAUUUCUGAUGCCGAUGGCGAUGACUCACGGCCGCACCUGACCAUCAUUGAUGAAACGGGCGAGCAACGUGUACUCGAGGAAGACGAUGAUGCCUCGGACGAAGACGAAGGCGACCAGGACGGGGAUGAAGAGAAUAUGAUGCUUGAGUUUGAGGACGGUCAAGUCAGUCCGAUAGACGGCUUGAAGUCGUUCGACUGGGAAGGCGUCGACGACGAGAUGAAGGAGUUCCUCGGGAGCGACGACGACAGCUCAGAUGCCGACACGGAAAGCCGUAGUGGCGAUACCGAUGCCGGCGAAGACUUGCCAUCAUCCCAAGAC